CAUUUUUCUCUGAUACUAUUCCUUUUAUAUAACUUAAAACUUAAUUAUUUUGUUUCUAUCCUUUCAGUUAUCUUCUGAAAGGAAGGCGAUUCGAGUUGGAAAGCCUUAAGAGUACCUUGGAGAAGCCAUUUUGUAUCGUGAAAUGACUGUGUGAUUGUCAACCAGUUCUGUGUGGUGUGAUUCAGAAACCCGUUAGAAGACACUUUAUCUUCACGUCUAUGCGGGUCACAUAUGGUCAUUAUUUAAAUUAACUAGAGAUUAAUAAUGUCUGUAGUUAUGGUCACUCCAGUUGAAGAUGAAAGAGUAGAGUACAGCACGUGUCCUACAGAGUCUGGUGGUCUAUACUUUAGCCUGGGGGUUGGAAAUAAGAUAGAGGAAGGCUGCGUACAGCAAUCUGUAGAAACAUCACCCCUCAGGCAGAGCCCUCUAAUGCUAGGUCGCAUGUAUUCAGAACCAGAGCGCCAUCUACCAACAACUACCGAGUUUCAUACACUGGAGCAGUGUGACGCCUCUCCGCCGAACUGUCGCUCUUGCCCAGAAAUUAGACCGGAAAUACAUGUACAGGAAGUAAGAACCGAGGACGAGAGUACAGAUUCGCAAUGCCAUGCGCCUUCAACAACCAGCUGGGACGAUGAUACUGAAACAAAAGUGUGGUCGCCUCACGCGCGGCAAGUAUUGAAAACCCAACUCGAGCCAUCAACAUUAAGACGUACUGUUUCACGAGAGAGCGUGCGCAUCCCUAGAAACGGACUUCAAGUCGAUGAUAGUACCUCGGCGGUUCCGGGCGCGGUGACGACUCUCGUGCCAUCCUACACUGUUUUACCACAGUCCGGAAACCGUCAGGGGUACAGGGCGGAGCGGGAGAGUGACAUCGCCGAGAUCGCCACCGGCUCCAUGCGGGUCAAUGGGGCGAUCAGACAGUUCAAACAGUUGCGUAAACCCGCGUCGUCAUUGUGUAGCCCGUCAUCCAUGAAAACCCAGCCGCAGAACUCGACGGAGAGUGAGAACGCAGGAAUUGCUCUUGUGGGAGUGAACAGUGAAUACCCACGGUACACCGAGGAAAAGAAGCCCACAUCGGGCUUCCACAAGCCCAGUGUGGGCUAUCGGCUGGGCAGAAGGAAAGCACUCUUCGAGAAAAGAAAGCGAAUAAGUGACUAUGCGCUGGUAAUGGCGAUGUUUGGAAUUGGGAUGAUGGUUUUAGAAAACGAGCUGUCUGCCGGCGGAGUGUAUACAAAGGUAACCUUUGAUUACAUCACUCAUAGUUGA